AUGGAGGUACAAGUAAACCCUAACGAGGAUACCGAGUGGAAUGAUAUUCUCCGCAAACAUGGCGUUAUCCCCGAGAAGCCCCAGGACCCCGAGCCAUUGAUCCAAGAAGCUCUCGUGGAGGCAGAGCGCAAGGCCUAUGAGAACAGACUCGAAGACAAAGACCUCGACGAGCUCCACGAUCUCGAAGAUGAGGAAGACGAGGAGUUCCUCGAACAAUACCGCCAAAAGCGCCUCGCGGAGAUCUCCACCAUCCAAAAGACCAGCCUCUACAACCAGGUCUACCCCCUACAGAAAGUCGACUACGGCCGCGAGGUGACCGACGCCUCCAACAAGGCCUUCGUGCUCGUCCAUCUAACCUCCUCGAGCGGGAACGUCGAGUCGCGGGUCCUGUCGGAGUUGUGGCGCCAGCUCGCCGCCAAAUACGGGGACAUCAAGUUCUGCGAGAUCCGUGGCGACAUGUGCAUUGAGGGAUAUCCGGAGCGGAAUACGCCGACGAUCCUGGUGUACAAGGAUGGGGAGAUUCGGCGCCAGCUUGUCACAUUGCGGGAGCUGAAUGGUCCCAGGACCAAGCUUGAGGAUCUCGAGAGAAUGCUGGUGGACUUGGGUGCUCUGAAAGAAAGCGAUGUGCGUCUGAAGAAGCGCUCCGACUCGUCGGACGAGGAGCGCCCGUCCAAGAUCAAAGCCAGGGUGGAAGAUUACGAUGACGACUGGGAUUAA